GCAAGUUUGAACUUGUAAACAGUACUUUAGUCUUAAAAUUUCUUCUUUCCUGAUGCAUCUUUUUGGAUUUUUGGCGCCUAUUCAUCCAAGCUUAGCUCUGCUCUCUUAUGUCUGUUUCGGUUUGCUCUGUUCAGGAUCAUCCCAUAACUUGAAGAACAUGAUUCUGUAUUUCAAUUUUCCAUUUAAGAUAAAAACAUCGUAUUUGAACAUCCAAACACUUAGCUUGAAAUGACGAGGAAGACGAUGGAGCUGCUGAAAGGAGGAGGGGUGACAGGGGAGGAGAUAAUGGAGGUUCUGGCGACCGUGGCGGAGGAGCUGGGGGACGCCGUGGAGGAGGUGGAGGAGACGAUGCAGGUAAUACCACUGAAGGGGGCGAUGACGAACGAGGUUUUUCAGAUCAAGUGGUGGUCGCAAAACGGCUGCGUGUUGAGGAGAGUGCUAGUAAGGCUGUACGGAAGAGGAGUGGAGGUAUUCUUCAACCGAGAGGAAGAGGUCAGGACGUUUCAGUGCGUGGCGGAGCAUGGCCAGGGCCCCCGUCUUCUCGCCCUCUUCGCCGCUGGCAGAGUUGAAGAGUUCCUCCACGCCACUACACUGUCAGCAGUUGACAUACGUAACCCAGAAAUAUCUGCUCUCAUUGCAUCAAAGAUGAGAGAAUUCCACAAACUUGAUAUGCCUGGUGACAAAAAAGUCCAGCUUUGGCACAAACUUAGGAAGUGGCUUACCUUGGCAAAAAGUUUAAGUUGUACAAAGGAUGCAAAGAAUUUUGGGUUGGAGGACAUGGAAGAAGAAAUCAGCAAGUUAGAGGAUUUGAUAUCUAACUCUGAAGGACAUCAAGAGAUUGGCUUUUGUCACAAUGACCUUCAAUAUGGUAACAUCAUGAUGGAUAAAGAUACCAGGACCAUCACCAUCAUUGUAAGUUAUCAAAUGUUACAAAAAGGUGCUCAUGUCCUGGAUUAUGAAUAUGCAAGUUACAAUCCUAUAGCAUAUGACCUUGCAAACCAUUUCUGUGAAAUGGCAGCAGAUUACCAUACUGAUACACCUCAUCUUCUUGACUACACUAAAUAUCCAGAUUUUGAAGAGCGUGAAAGGUUUGUGAAGAUUUAUCUCAAUGCUGAAGGCAAAAAGCCAAGCAAUGAAGAGGUGGAGCAGUUAGUGAAUGAUGCAGAGAAGUACACUCUUGCGAACCACCUAUUUUGGGGAUUAUGGGGACUUAUUUCUAGUUAUGUCAAUAAAAUUGACUUUGACUACAAGGAGUAUGCAAGGCAGAGGUUUCAGCAAUACUGGCUUAAAAAGCUAACUUUACUGGACUGGUGAUUGGGGAAGUUGAUCCUAAUAUGUAUAUCAUUAUGAAUGAUAUUUUGAGGCAUGAUUUAUAGCAUAAAUCAUGUGUAAGUAAUAAUUGUGUGAUGGAUUUUGAUAUUUUUUUGCUAAGAAUUGCCUUUCAAUCCCUCUCUCUUUUGGGAAUGAGGUUGAGAAUUUGUAGUAAUGUCUUGUUACUUUUUCUUUAAUCAGUAUUUACGUGCAUGAAUUGAUCAUA